AAAUACAUACAUUAUUAAUGUUUAAAAUGAAUGAAAGGUGCCCUAUUUGAGCUCUUUGCAAUUUAAAAAAUCUAGCCUAUAGACUGUGUUAUUUCUACACAGUAGGCCUAUGUCUGUUAAAUUUCCACCUGGUUGAGGAAAGUACAUAUCCCUUUCGUAAGCCUAUACCCUAGCAGAGGACUUUCCCCGCAACUGAGAAAACAUCUGCCUAAAUUCUCCAUAUGAGUGCAAUUUACCAAACUACAUUCCCAUCAAAACGUAUAAGCCUUUGAUCUCGCACCACCGGAGGGGGGCCAACCAAGUCCUGUGAACAACCAACAGUAUUAUACACAUGUGGUUGCUGAAAAACCCCGCAAGAUGUCGCCAUGGUCUUGACUUGCACCUUUUGUUGCUUGGGCCCAGAAGGAUUGCUAUUUUGUUCACAGGUUGUCACCCUCAUUAACGUUAAACCGAGACGCGCAUGACCUGCAUUUUCCAGAUGUGCAGUACAUGUACACGGCCACUAGAUAGAGCCCAAGUAUCAAAAAUACGUUAUACCUUUUUCAGUUCUUGGCCUGGGCCUGUUCCUAGUUGGAUGGAUUUCGUCAUCAUUACCGUUACUCGCCCUCCCCAUCUCCUUCACCACCACUCACCACCCAAACUAUACUAUCUGUGGCCGUUAGGCCUACCAUUCGUUUUUAUAGAACCAAGCCUAUCAUUACAAAAUGCGAUUUAAAUUAUCUGCAUAUAUAUACAAACAAAAUCGUAUUAUUUUGUUCAUUUAUUUUAUGAGUUAUUUACUUUUAUAGGCCAAUGUUUAGGGGUUGAAUGUGCAAAUAUAAAGUGUUCGGAAAAUACGUAUCAAUACUAGCCUACAUAAAUAAAAGGCUUCGAAAUAACAAGUAAUUGGCAUUUGUCGGCAGUUAUUUCCCAAAGUUUCACAAAAGCUCCAAUUAUCCAGGUGUGGAAAAGCUGUGAGUCGCGCAGUGCACUUGAAGGUAACAGAUGGCUGGAGCCUGUACUGCGGAUCGUCUUUUCACUGAACUAACCUAAAGCAAAAGCUAAAACAGAUUGAACGCGUAUUAAGUCGUGUGGGAACGUAGGCCUAAAUAAUGCGAUUUAAAAAAAUGUAAUUACGUUUUGGUCAACCUUUUCCGAUUAUUGGACCCACAGGCUAUUCCGAUUGAUAACCGAUACCUACAAUUUGCCACAAAUAGCCUACAUGUUGUUUUUUCCAUUUUACACAACUUCUAUCAAUAAAUGAUGUCACGACAAAUAAAAAAUACCGCCUUUGAAACGGUUUCGAUUUACAAAUCUUUGGGCUUGGUAAUUACGCCAUUGAUUGAUUGAAUUUAUUUGACAAGUUGUAAAAUACAUACAUAAGCGCGCUCCAGCCAGUGACGCCUCCACAUACAAUUUAAGAAAAUCAUCAAGGAUAACACAAUUAAGCUUAUUAGCUUAUUUCCAUUGUGGUCCAACGGUAAUGAUGACGAAAUCCAUUCCCGGUUGUAUCAACCACAAUCGUCCACACACAUACACACAUACACAUAGCGAGGACAUCCAUUUUCUACCAACGCUGUCAGGGGGCGAGGGUGCACGUGGCUAAUCAUACAACGCAGCCGCAGCGUCAGUCACAGGCGUCCACAGAUGUUGCUAAGAGAGCAUCUCAGUGAGCUAGCAGAAUGAUUGGAGCGGAACAUUGGUGAUGUUUUCUCGCCAAGUUGAUUUUGGAUUCUAUUUUUAUUCCUAUAUUUGGUUGUUGCAAUGUCACCAACUCUAAGGCUGAUUUUCAUGUAUGUACUGUUCCUCUGCUGGUUGUCUCCCUGCGCGGCAGACCUAUGCAACUGGAGUGGAAGUGGUUUGGCGCGUGAGGCUGCGGCUAACUCGCGGACUGUGCAGCAGGUGCGGCUGCGUUGCACAGAGGGUUCGGUGGAGUGGGUCUACCCGGGCCAGGCGCUUCGGGUCGUCCUGGAACCCAACCUGUCCUCUGCGCGCCACACAACGGUCUGCAUCAAACCGUUCCGCAGCUUCAACGGUGCCAGCGUCUACAUCGAGCGGGCCGGGGAACUUGACCUGUUGAUGACGGAUGGAGGGCGUCCGGAGCAAGUGUUCUGUUUCCCGGCGGACGGACCUCAGAAGCCAGCCAUCUUCCUCCUGGCGAACCCGCAGAGGGAUAUCAGCCAACGCGCAGUAGGCUUCAGAUAUGAGUUGCUGGGCGAUCGGACCACUGCGCCCAACCUCGGCCAAAGUCUGUUGCAGGCUAGCUGCCGUCCCUGCAAUGACACAGAGCUCCUCCUGGCCAUCUGCAGCAGUGACUUUGUGGUUCGCGGCUCCAUCAGGAACGUAUCCCACAAUGCUGAGCGGCAGACAUCGUUGGUGGAGGUCUCAGAGGGGAGGGUGUACCGGCAGCGUAGCGGGGUGUUCGAGCGCCACACUGGCACCAGAGGGGUUCCCGGUUCCAGUUCCUCAUGGCACGGUCACAUCCACACACUGUUACAGUGUCACGUAAAGCCUGGGGGCGGAGAGUUCCUAUUCACAGGGACAGAACACUUUGGGGAGGCCUGGCUGGGUUGUGCCCCCCGCUAUAAAGACUUCAUGUCCCUCUACCAAUCAGCUUGGGCGGCUCGUCAGAACCCCUGUGAGUUCCCGCUGGACUGAGGGUGUGUCCCAGUUCCUAGUGGCGAUCCAUGAGCCCUGUGACCUAUAUGUAGGGUUUAUUUUCUUAAAUGGAACACAUUGAGUCUCUUCUUUCUACCCCAGUUGGCAUGGUAGAGAUUAUGUCGCUGUGGCAGCAAGCGAGCGGGAUGAGUUCCUCACGACCACAGCGGUUUGAGAGAUGUUGUCCCUUCUACUCCUCAUGAAUCUAUACCGCUCACAACACCAGCAGGGACAAAUCUGUUGGAGCACUUGUAGAGCACAAGGAGUACAAGGCCCAGGGCAGGGGCCCACAGGGGACCCAUCCAACCAGCACUAGAGGGGCCAC